GCUGGUUUACCGACAGUUUGUAAACGCUGUGUUCUCACAAGUAAUCCGUUAUCGUAUUCAGCAGUAGCAGCUAAUAAAAGAAAAAUGGCAUCAGAUAAAAUCUUGCCGAAGUUGUUCGAAUUUGUGGACAAAAAUGCAGAAUCUUACAAGCAACUUUUAAAGGAAGCCGUGGCUAUCCCAUCGGUAUCAAGCGAUGCAAAAUAUCGUGCUGACUGUGUUCGUAUGGUUCAUUGGACUCAAGACAAAUUAAAGGAACUGGGGGCCACUACAGAACUGAGGGACGUCGGAUACCAAACAAUCGACUGUCAAGAAGUCAAAUUGCCUCCAGUACUAGUUGGAACUCUCGGAAAUGACCCUAAAAAGAACACUAUUUGUAUAUAUGGGCACUUGGAUGUUCAACCUGCCUUAAAAUCGGAUGGCUGGCUCACUGAGCCGUUUGAGCUUGUGGAGCGCGAUGGAAAGCUGUUUGGCAGAGGAUCCACAGAUGACAAAGGCCCUGUUCUGGGUUGGCUCCAUGUUAUAAAUGCAUAUAAAGCAAUUGGAGAGGAGCUGCCUGUGAACUUGAAGUUUGUGUUUGAAUGCAUGGAAGAAUCAGGAUCUGAAGGUCUGGAUGAGUUACUCAUGGAGAAGUUGAAGCCCGAGGGUUUCUUUGACACGGUAGACUAUGUGUGUAUAUCAGACAACUACUGGUUGGGGACCACUAAACCCUGCAUCACUUAUGGACUGAGAGGUAUUAGCUACUACUUCCUGGAGGUGGAGUGCGCUAAGAUGGACCUACACAGUGGAGUCUAUGGGGGAACUGUGCAUGAAGCUAUGUCGGAUUUGAUAUAUUUAAUGAACACAUUGGUUGAUAAAGAUGGAAAAAUACUUAUAACCGACAUUUACAAAUCUGUGGCGCCCUUAACGGAAAAUGAGAAGAAAUUGUAUGACACUAUUGAUUUCAACCCUGAUGCUUACAGAGAUUCAAUCGGCGCGCACCAGCUGGCUCACAAGGGCGUCAAGGAGCAAAUUCUGAUGCACCGCUGGAGGUUCCCCAGCCUGUCGCUACAUGGCAUUGAAGGCGCAGCGUUCCAGCCCGGCGCAAAGACGGUGAUCCCGGGCAAGGUGAUCGGCAAGUUCUCCAUCCGCCUUGUGCCCAACCAGGAACCCGAGGAAGUCGAGAAGCUCGUCUUCGAUUAUAUUCAUAAAAAGUGGGCGGAGCGUGGGUCGCCGAACAAGAUGCGCAUCACGGCGCAGAGCGGGCGCGCGUGGACCGAGAACCCCGACCACCCGCACUACCAGGCCGCCGCGCGCGCCACCAAGCUCAUAUACAAGACUGACCCGGACAUGUCUCGCGAGGGCGGUUCGAUCCCGGUGACGAUAACGCUGCAGGAGGCCAGCGGCCGCAACGUGCUGCUACUGCCGAUGGGUGCCGGCGACGACAUGGCGCACUCGCAGAACGAGAAGAUCAACGUCCGCAACUACAUCGAAGGGAUUAAGCUGUUCGGUGCGUACUUGUUCGAAGUUGGAAAACUGCCAAAGUAGAAGUUUUCAGAUAAUCUAAGAGAGGGGUGCUAUUUGUACUGACGAAACCUGUUUCAAGACUCAUUUUAAAAUAAUGCUGUAAAGAUAUAACAAUUUAAUAAGCUAAGCUAAAGUACUACAUGAAAAAUCAAGUAGUAUCUGUACAAAUACUAUCAUAGGUUUUGGAUUGUAUAUUCAUUUGGAAAAAAAGCUGCAAUUAAAAAUACAUUAUUACUCGAUGAUUAACCAUAGAGGCUAACUCAUAAAAUAAGUUUUUUUUUAAAUUAAGGUCCCGAGCAAUGUCACGUAAGUAAAUGAAAAUUACACUUUUGCUGCAGAACCAAAAAUAGUCAAAAAGCAUAAUAUUACUUAUUAGUUUUAUUGUUGUUUGUAUACUUGUGCUUGGGUAACCAUACGGACAUUUAAAUCUUGUCCCAGGCAUUACAGUCUUUGAGGAGUGGUUACUUCACUGUGAAAAUACUGUAUAAAUCAUCCACAAUGGAUGCAGAGGCCUAGGUUUGUUUGUAUACUUAUAGAGUAUAGAGCAGGGGUCACCAAAUUGCGGACCGCGGUCCGUACCCGGACC